AUGGUCAGUGGUUAUAUUGCGUGCUAUGUCAGUGUGCACCAUCCCAUUGUAGAUCGCUGGUCUGAUUUCGUUGUUUUGUCGUCCUGUGUCCAGACUAUAAAGCCGGCGGACAUCGCCACAGUGCGGAAGCUGGGGAAGCCGCCUCACCUGAUCAUGCGCAUCAUGGACGCAGUGCUGAUCCUCUCCCCAGCGGCGCCCGGCCUCCUGUACGUACCGCACGGGGAGGCGGUGAGUGUGUUGGACCCCAGGAACCUGAAAGAGCCCGUAGAGCAUCUGAGCGGAAUCGGUGAAGAUGAGAUAAACGGGCUGUCGUUCAACGAUACGGGCACCAUGCUGGCUGCGGGUGACGACUCGGGCGCCGUGAGGAUCGUGGAGGUGCAGAACGGGAAAGUUGUCCGCACGCUGCGCAGACACACAAACAUCUGCUCAUCUGUCGCCUUCCGACCGCAAAGACCGCAAAGCCUGGUGUCUGCUGGACUCGACAUGCAGGUGCUGCUGUGGAACCUGCAGAAGACUCGGCCGCUGUGGGCAGUGGACCUGCAGGACUCCCAUGAGCAGGCGGAACAGGCGGGUCGUCCCGGUCAGCUGUUCAACCCCCCGCUGGCCCACUGCCCAUCCAGGUCUCAUCUGGACCACCAGGGGGCGCUACAGGGCCACAGCCAGGGCGCCUCGCAGGCCCACUUCGUCCACUUCCUGCCGCACCCCUACUGGCUGCUCUCCGCCGGCAACGACGGCCUGGUGGCCCUGUGGGACGUCAGCGCUCACGCGCGCCCCCCGGAGGCCAAGGCCAGCAACAGCAGCCGACCGCCAGCCAGCCGCAGGAAAGCCAGAAUCAGGCCGAAGGGCCGACACCCACCAGCCACAGCCACGCCCCUGGGGGAGGAGCAUGCAGGCCCAGGGACACAGGAGAGUACCGGACCCGCUCUCAGCUUCACACACACGGACAAAGUGAACUGGGUCUGCCCCGCCCUGCUCCAGGGCACACCCAGCGUGGUGGUGGCCGACCAGAGCGCCGAUCUAUACGUGUACCCCCUGACCCUCUAG